AUGACCUACGUCUCAAAUGAUCCCAGUUACUGGCCAUAUAUCAGUGCGGCAAUUGUUGUAAACUAUUACGCAGUUGCUGCUGCCAUCGUGGUGGUAUAUGGUUGGGUCUUAACACUCGGACAAGAGAUUGAACUCAUCUGGAGACAACGUUUGUCUCUCAUGACCGUGCUGUAUUUGACUGUUCAUACGCUAUAUUGGAAUACCAUAUUCUUUUGUCAAACUUCUGUAAACUAUGCCAUCGGUAUCGCUGACAGAUGCAGCACUAUGACGUACUACGUAGGCAAUGUGACAAAUGUGGCCUUGACUGCCAUGUUGGGCGUCAUCAUGAUUGCUCGGCUGCAUGCCAUGUAUCAAGGGUCUAGAGCAAUGCUUAUGUUCCUUGUUAUCAUCUUCCUGGCUGUAAACAUUGCCUGCGGAGUAAUGAUGGUAAUAGCAUUCAACAGUAUUGUAGUAGAGGAGACGAUACUCUCUGGUAUACAUAUGUGCGGCUAUGUAUAUGGAGGGGACGACCAGCUUCUGGUUUCGAUCAUUUGGAUACUCAACACUGUUUGGGAGGUCCUCGCAUUGUGUCUUUCAGUUUGGAUUGCUGUGAAACACUUCCGUGAGCUGCGACGACUCGGCCCAUCGACAGGAUCGACCAUCGGGGACUGUUUCAGAGUGCUGGUACAAUCUCACGUUCUUUAUUUUGUGAGCUUUGUUGGUGUCUCUUGCAUCCAGCUUGCUGAUCUCUCUCCAGAAAUCUCGAAUUCGACUUCUAUUGGAGCUCAGAUACUCAUUGGUACUGUUCAAAUUUCAUUGGUUGUAUAUAUGUUUGUGCUGGGACCACGCCUCAUCCUGAGCGUUCGAGAAUACAGCGCGAAACUCGUGGCAUACUCCGACGCAGAAACUAGCAUGAAUUCAAUUGUUUUCCAGGAGCAUGUACAUGUAUCAACUAGCAGUACUGUGUAGGGAAAUGCUUGCCGAGUGGUCUGCAGGGAGGAGAAAUUUGGUGGAGGAUCCGUCGUGGUAUUUAUUCAACAUAUAUAUUGUGUUUCGAAGUGUAUUUAAAAGGUCCAGGCAAACCUAUUUCUCGUUGUGUCACUACUGGAACGAAGCACCCGCGCUUGAACUACGUGGUGAGGUGAAAUUGUCCGGAAGGACUAGCAACCGAACUGGUCCUUGAUGACUGAUGUUAAAAUAUAACGAGAAUCAGGAAAAGUGCCUGGACAGCUUAUUCUGCGCGUUGGUGUUCCACUGUCUGGACAUAUAGAUACUGUGAAUCGUGAAGCCAGAUAGCUGAUAACUCGGCGGUGCUCAGCGCUAAGAUGUGAUUUCCUCCAUGCAAUGGACCACGGAGAAUGAAAUGAAUGGAUCACGUAGACUCGU